AUGGAGCUUCAGAAGCCUUCGCCCAGCAAGUACUGCGUCCGCGUGCCGCGCAACGCCGCCCGUCACCCGGCCGUCUACAGCGGGCUCCUCCCCCGCGAGCCGGUCCACUCGCUCACCAGCAAGAAGCUAGACCUGAAUGACUCGGCUUCGACGGUCGCCUCCAACGAGAACCUCACCCGCGCCGGGAACACCAACAAGUUCAACAAUCGCCGCAAGCUGCUUUGGGCCGACGCCCUGGCGCACAUGACCAUGGGGCCGUUGAUGGAGGAGACGCGCGCCUCGGAGCCGUCCAAGGAAGAGAUGUGGUGGAACAUCAGCCGCCGCGUCGUCACCACCGAGACGGCCAACGAGUUCGACAAGUUCGCCGCCAACGAGGAGGAACCUGUCGUCCCGAUCGUCCACAUCACUGGCGACGUCAUGGACAAGCAACGGCGUCAUCAAGGAGCUGGCGCCGACGAGCAGAAGUCGCUGACGACCCUGUUCCAGGGGAUCAAGCUGAACACGUCGGGCACGACGCCCGCCCCGCCGCCCACUCCGACGCGGGUUCGUGUCCCCGAUUGGGAACGGCUGAAGGACUCGCCGCUGCUCAGCCGCGUCCGCGCCCGCUCCUCCUUCAACUUCCCGCCGCCCCAGCUCGAGCCGUCGCGCGACUCCAUAGAGUGCCCGGCCGUCGCUGAGCUGGCCGCCGACGUCGACAUCGAGAAGGUCAACACUCCGAAUGUGACGCUGCGCCAUCGUCGCCACUCCGACUGC